UUCAGCAAUUUCUAAUAAUUGAUCUACAUUAACGAUAUCUCUGCAGCGACGACAGCUUCCUCAACAGAUGGUUAUAUGAAUAAAUAACGAGACAUUCAAAUACAGAGAGGGCGAUUGAAACAAAAUAUACAAAUUUGCACAGAAAAAUGCCAAACUUCGAGCUCUUGGUGAGCAGUAUCUGCGUGAUCCUCGCCGGCGCGGUCGUCUACCAUUUCCUCCUGCUCUCAUCCGAAGGCGGCAUUCCGCUCGUCAAGGGCAAAGUUCCAGUCCUCGGUGUUGCGCUUGACUUUGUGAGCGGUCCGCAAAAACUCCUGCACGCAGCGCGACAGAGCAAAGGAUGGAUCUUCGACGUCUACCUUGCGGGCCAGCGCAUGACGAUCGUGUCUGACCCUAUCGUCGGCAACCGCGCAAUGUGGGCAAACCGCUCGCUUUCACUAAUGCAUUUCGUCAAGUUCCUUGACGCGAAUGUGUUUAAGUACUCCCCACGCGUGGUGAACGACUUUGAGUUCCUACAGCGGGUCGCAAAACGGCUGAUCAGCGUCAUGACAUACAAGCCCGACAUGAACGAGACCGCGGAUAAGAUCCGGGAGGAGUAUCUCAAGCUCGUUGACGACAGCUCUGAACUGGCGCGACACUCGGGCGAGGUCGUUGACCUCUACGAUUACUGCCGGUACAAUAUGUUCUACGCCUCCACCGUCGGCCUGUUUGGCGAGUCCUUCCCCGUGCAGGCAAUCUACGAACCCUUCAUGGACUUCGAAGACAACAUCCCAAAGUUCCUGAAGAUGUACCCACGAGUAUUCAACAUGAAAGGUUACAAUGGGCGUCAGAAGGUCCUCGACGAAUUGGGCAAGUACUUCCUCGACACCGAGCGCGUGCGCACGUCGGCCCCGUUCGUGCGCAAGAUGUACGACACCUUCGUCGAAGCAGGCUACGACUCGUACGAAGACCUCUCCGGCUACUUCUGCUCGAUCCUCGUCGCCGCUAAAUCAAACUCUGUCCCAGGUGCGUUCUGGCUCCUGGCCGAAGUCAUCCGCAACCCGCCUCUCAAGGCGCAGGUUGAGCGCAUUAUCGCCGAUGCAUACGUGCCUGCUACCGGCGACUUUGAUUGGGACUCGUUGAUGGCCAACCAGACCCUCGAGGCUUGCUUCAAGGAAAUGCUCAGACUGAACGUCAAUCUGGCGUCAGGGAGAGUAGCCCUCGACGACACGACUCUCAAAGUCACCACUGAUACUCUUGAUCUCAAAGACUCUUCUUCACCGCCAACCACCACAAAAGAGUACAGAAUCAAAAAAGGCUCCAACUUGCUCAUGUUCUACAACCUCGUCAAUUGGGACAAGACGCUCUACCCGGACCCUAUGACUUUCAAACCAGACCGCUUCCUCGUCGACGACAGAGAACACAACAUCACCCACCCCGAAUGGCGCGCCUUCUCCCCUUGGGGCGGCGGCUCCCAUAUCUGCCCGGGAAGAUUUUUGGCUCAUAUCGAGGCAGUCGCACAGCUAACCUACAUGCUCUGGUUCUACGACAUCGUGCCACAAGAGGAAAUGCCAAAACCAAAGAUCGGCGACAGAUACGGCGGCGGCGUCUUCAAGCCCGAACGCGGCUAUAAAGUGAAGAUCACCAGGCGAUCUACACCGCUCACUGCCUCUUCUCUCUGAGCAGUUCUCUCGGCUUUUUUUUUUUGGUGAUUUUUUGGUAGAUUUUUUGGAUUAACUACAUGUACCA